GGAUAGGUUUGCCCAUAGACCUGCAAUUAGUUUCCAUUCCAGAACCAGGCCGGUAUGAUAGGUGAGCACUACAGCGUGCUCCCCACUGAAUAGAACGCUAUUUGCAAUCAGCGCAAGUUGAUGUGGUGUUAGAAGAAAUGGUUAUAUGCAGAUGUGUGGUGUCACUUGCAGGGUUCCCAUGCACCUAGUAAGGUGCUCCACACUCAAUACUCACCACGAUAAGAGAAAAAUAGUGACUUCUGCCCCUUUGUCUUCAACAGCGAGAGACCUACAACUAAGAUGGUGGCAGCUGUGGACCUGGGACUUCCUCCUCGUGGUCUGGAACACGAGCAUCGCACCCUCUUCACCCAAGAUGCUGUUCACUUCUUGGCUGAACUGACCUCUGCUUUUGACCUGGAGGUGGAUAAGAUUUUGCAACGACGAAUUGCCCGGAAGGUAGAGUUGGACCUCAGCGAUGGGCUCCCUGGUUUCUCCCCUCAAACCGCCCACAUUCGGAAUGACAGAGUCUGGAGAGUGUCGCCAGUGCCCAGGCGACUGCAGAACCGGCACGUGGACAUCGGCGAUACAGCACCCUGCCAAACAGAGCGCUUCCUCUGUGCGCUAGGGUCUACCGCUCAGGGCAUCCAGGUUGAUUUUGAUGAUGGAAACUGUCCAACAUUUUCCAAUCAAAUCAAGGGUAUCUAUAAUGUCUUUCAAGCUGUUCAUCAUCAAUUGCCGGGUAUCCCUCCCAUAUCAGAGGCUCCCAUCCUUAUGCUUCGACCAAGAGCAUGGAACAUGGUGGAGCACAAUUUGAUGGUGAAUGGAAAAGAGAUUCCUGGACCUCUCUUUGAUUUUGGUUUGCUCAUGUUCCACGUGGGGAAGGCACUGUAUGACAGUGAAAGUGGCCCUUUCUUUUAUCUCUCAAAGGUAGAAAGUUAUCUGGAGGCCAGGCUUUGGAAUGAUAUUUUUGUCUGGACUGAGAAGAAACUCCAUCUGCCAAUCGGCACCAUCAAAGCCACUGUUUUAAUAGAGAGCAUUCUGGCCUCCUUUGAAAUGGAGGAGAUCCUGUAUGAGUUGAAAGAGCAUUCUGCCGGAUUGAACUGUGGCAUCUGGGAUUAUUCCGCAUCUUUUGUCAGUAAAUUUGGCCAUCGAGCUCAAUUCUUACUCCCAGACCGGAGCAAGUAUGUGAACAUGGAGAAACUCUUCCUGAAGAGUUACAUGGACUUGCUGGUGCAGACCUGUCAUCGCCGAGGGGCUCUGGCAACAGGGGGAAUGGCUGCCUUGCUUCUCCCGACGGAUCAGAGGAGCGACGCCUAUCAGUCAGUGCUGGCGACGGUGACACGGCUCAAAUUGUUUGAAAUCAAAGCUGGAGUGGAUGGAUUCAUGGUGUAUGAUAUUGGCUUGGUGGGCCCGAUGCAGAAGUUGUUCAAGGAGCAUUCAGAAGGCCCCAACCAGUUGCACGUGAUUCCGGAAGGCGUGAAGAUAACUGCGGCGGAGCUCCUCACCAUGCCCCCGGGAGGGGUCACUCUCUACGGCCUGAAGCAUAACACUGCCGUUGGGAUCCUCUUCAUCUAUUCCUGGCUAAAAGGAGAAGGCCAUUUCUACUACCGAGGCCAAGUUGAAGAUUCGGCAACAGCUGAGAUCUCCAGAUCACAGGUUUGGCAGUGGAUUCGUCAUGGAGCCAAGCUGGAAGAUGACAACAGGAUAGUGUCAAGAAGUCUAGUUCAGAGCUUGGUCAAGGAAGUGGAGCACGAAUUACAAGGCCCUCACUGUCCUUCUGAAAGGGCCAAGCAAAUGUUCCACACUGCUACUGAAAUGUUUCUAGAAAUCGUACAGAAGAGAGACUUCCCUGAAUUCAUCACCACCUACCUGAAUCUAGACCAUACCUUUCUGGUGUCUACUGAAAAUUCCUGCUGAGGUCAGUGCUUAUCACAUAGUGCUAUUACAGCCCUCACUUCAAAACCAGGACCCACCUAAGACAGCACCCGACUUCACUGACAGGGGAAUUUACUCCUGCAUAGAAUACACCAGAAUACACCAAAUUCGACAUGCAGGGCGGAAAAGCGCUCAACAAUUGUGAGUCAACUCGGCAGUCUCAAAAGUAGGAAGAAUGGACCUCUUUUUGAAACACCUUUUGCCUUUUAAAAAUAAAGGAACAAAAUCUGUAUAAAACACCCAAGAGCAUGGGGGUAAUCUGCA